AACGAACACCUGAAAGUUCAUUCAGAUGAGAAGCCUUAUGUGUGUUCUCUCUGUGGAAAGAGUUUUUCAUGGCUGAACAGUUAUAAACAGCACCAGAAAACACAUAAUGAAGUGAGAGAUUAUGUGUGUUUGGAGUGUGGAAAGAGCUUUACUAGAGAUGACCAUCUGAAACAGCACCAAAGAAUUCAUUCUGGAGAAAGACCUUACAAGUGCUCAUCUUGUGACAAGAGUUUUAUUCAGUUUGGAAACCUGAAAUCACAUGAGCGAAUUCAUACUGGAGAGAAGCCGUACCACUGUACUCAGUGUGGAAUUGGUUUUGCACGCAAGGACAGUCUUCAGAAACACACAAGAAUUCACACUGGAGAAAAGCCAUUCGCUUGCAAUGAGUGUGGAAAGAGUUUCACACAAAAAAGAAACCUUAACAUACACAUAAGAAUUCACACUGGAGAAAAACCGUUUACAUGCACUCAGUGUGGAAAGAGUUUUACUUGUACAUCCGGUCUCAGUAAACAUCUACUCUGUCACUCUGGAGAAAAAAUAUUUCACUGUGAUCAGUGUGGUAAAGAUUUUAUUUCAUCAUCAAGUCUAAAACAACACCUGAAAGUUCAUUUAGAUGAGAAGCCUUAUGUGUGUUCUCUCUGUGGAAAGAGUUUUUCAUGGCAGACCAAUUUUAAACAGCACCAGAAAACACAUAAUGAAGUGAGAGAUCAUGUGUGUUCAGAGUGUGAGAAGAGUUUUACUACAACUGCCCAACUGAUACGACACCAAAGAAUUCAUACUGGAGAAAGACCUUACAAGUGCUCAUAUUGUGACAAGAGUUUCACUGUGUCUGGAAACCUGAAAGUGCACGAGCGAGUUCAUACUGGAGAAAAACCUUUAAUUUGUAAUCAGUGUGGAAUUGGUUUUGCAUGUAAGGACAGUCUUAUUAAACACACAAGAAUUCACACUGGAGAAAAGCCAUUUGCUUGCCAUCACUGUGGGAAAAGGUUCAUACAAAAACCACAUCUUAUCAAGCACAUGUGUUCACACUAGACAAAAGCUUUACACUUGCCCUCAAUGUGGAUGGAGCCUCACACAUGAAUAGGACAAACCUAUACACCUACGUGUUUGUACUGGAGAGAAAUCAUACACCUGUCCUCAGUGUGGAAAGUGUUUCACAUAUAAAUUAAGUCUCAAUUUGGAGUCUUUGUGUUUUGUCAUUGUCUUCCUUAAUCACUCAUUUGUUGUCAUGGACACUUAUGGUUUUCAGCUGUGCACCAUCAUCAUCAUCAUCAUCAUCAUCACCACCUGUAUUUAUGUUCAGUUCUGUUUCAAUGUAGUGUCCGGUGUCAUCAAUAAAUGGAUGUGUUGUGUGUUGAUUUGCAUUACCUGUUGGAUUUAUUAAAUACUACCUAUUUGCCUU